GUGUGUGUGUGUGUGUGUGUGUGUUUGUUCGUUGCAGGGAUGGAGUAUAAAGGGAUAGGGAGAGGAGAGAAGAGGCUCUCCCCGACCACAACACUUGAGAACCAACCUACCAUCAUUAUCAUGACCCCUGUAACAGCUCCAGCUGAUGCCCAACUCUCCCAGUGCAGGGUGUUUCUCAAAGGCGAGCCCAAAGCAUUGGGGAUUGUGCAGAUCAUGAUCGGAGUCAUGACCUUCUUGUUCGGAAUCAUUUUAACCACAUCUUAUUUUACGGUUAUGACCAUCAGUGGGAUCAGUCGGAUCACUCUGUGGGGAUCACUGAUUGUUAUAAGUUCUGGUUCUCUGUCAGUCGCUGCAGUGAACCACUCUAAUUCCUGCCUGGUGAAAGCACCGUUGGUGAUGAAUGUGUUCAGUGCUCUGGUUGCAGGAAUCACACUCAUUCUGUUAACAAUAGACAUGAUAUUCAUCAUGGACUGGUGUUACUACUCUGAUUACAACGGAUAUCCCAGCUGUAAUUCCAUCAGGCAUCUGCUGUAUAGCAUCCAUGGAGUGCUCUUUGUAUUCUCUCUACUCGAGUUAAUCAUUUCUAUCUGCACUUCUGCCUUCGCCUGUAACGCCCACCUGCUGCACUCAAACUCAUCCAAGGUAUGCACUGCCGAUGAAUGCACAGCCAAGGUAUGCACCACCGAUGAAUGCACCGCCGAUGAAUGCACAGCCAAUGUAUUCACCACCGUUGUAUUCACCGCCGAUGUACAACCCUGACUUCUACAACCAACAGGUUCCACAUCAAUCAUCUAUGAACACCAACAAAAAUUUCUAAAGUUAUUUCCUGAAACUUUGCAUACUUUUCCAUUCAAAUCCCUCUUCCUGAUGUCUCUGUGUUUUCUUUAAGUUUUCCAUCAUGUAUCACAUGUCUAAAAAUGACCUGUGCAGAAAUGAAUGUCAAAGGAAUGUUGACUUUUUUUAACCUGUAUGAUUAACUUUCAUAAAAAUUCUCUGACUCACUCUGUAACCGCUUAUAUCCAUUCUUCUCUUUCUAUGACACAUGCGUCAGAGUGACGUGUCAAGUCAUUGCAUAUAAAAUAAAAAGGAUUUGAAUCGUACCACAGCACACUUGAGUUUUGGAUUGUGAUUAGUCCAAAGGUGUUGAUUAAUUUUCUCAGCUGUGAUAGUAGUGAAGCUGCACACCACAGGUUUUUAUUACAGUUUAUGGCAAAGACUAGUGAAAGAACAAUUGUUGGAAACAAAGAAAAGAAGAAUGAAAUAUCUUUAAUUUUUCUUAUGUAGUAAAAAUUCAUUAUGUCUGAUAAUUAUAACUAUUCUUUUAAGUUCGUUUCUUAAGACACGUAUUCCAUGCACACACUCUUACACACACACUCUCACACACACACACACACACACACACACACACACACACACACACACACACACCUACUCAUAAACACACCCUCACACAGACACACAUAAACACAUGAUUUCCCUCUCACAUUUUAACAUCCACUCGCCCCUACACUGCAAUACUGGCAUAUAGCUUAUUACUUCUGAUCACCAUUAGUGCCUUAGUUAUCAUCAUCUACACUACUAAUUCUUAUUUGUA